UUCUUAUCCGGAAGCUGCAAGGGAAACAACGUCGCUUUCUUUUCGAAAUGUCUGUCUGGCCCCAGUCUGUUUUUCGUACAUUAGUCGUAGAGCUUUGAUGCCCAACUAUUAUCCACACAGUUACAUUAAUAAUCUAAAAUGAAUAUCUUACCCAAGAAAAGCUGGCAUGUCCGGAAUAAAGAUAACAUUGCCCGUGUGCGCCGAGAUGAAGCGAAGGCGGCCGAGGAGGAGAGGGAGGUCCGGAGGCGGAUAGAGAGAGCCGAGCAAGAGGCACGAACAGACUAUUUAAGACGUAAAUCCCGGGCAGCUCUGAGCAAGGGAGAAGAACUCAAAGCAGUGGGCGGCACACCGGAGCUGGACGGUGAAGAGGAGCAUCUGAACCUCUUCCCGGUCGAGGAAGCUGGGCAGAAGAAAGGCAAUGAGGAAUAUCUGAGGGAGAAGAAGGAAGAGAAGGAACGUCAGGAGCGUGCCAUUGGCCUGUUGGUGUCUCUUGGCCCCGCCCCUGGCACUGAAGCCACGCCCUGGUAUCUGAAAGACGGGGGGAGUAAAAGCAAGGAGGUUGCUGACAAGAGCGUGGGAUGGACAGAGGAAGAGAAACGCAAGAAAGACAAGCGGCUAAAGGACACCCUGGACCCCUUAAAGGAGAUGAAGAAAGGCCUGGCUGUUAAAGAUAAAAAGGAAAAGAAAGAGAAGAGCAAAAGGAAGGAAAAGGCAGAACGAGCGGAGAAGACGAGUGGGGAGAGCUCCAUGGAUAGAUUACGCGCAGAGCGGCUGCAGAGGGAAGCUGACGAGAGGCAGCGGUCGCAGGCUUUGCUGGAACAGAAGAGUGGCCGUGGAGGAGAAGCGCAGGGGCAGAGGGAGCUGCAGGAGAGGGACAGACCCUACAACAGUGCCUAUUUCCCAGAGCUGGCCCGGAAGAGGCAGCGGCGAGAGAACUACAGCGGCCAUCUGUGAGGCACAGAGGACAAGACCUUCAUAGAAAGGAGAGAUCUUUGAUGGUCAAGGAGAAAGACGCUCAGAAAGAAAGUGUUAAUUUGGAAAGACUGUCAGAAGGAGUGUGUGUGUGUGUCUGUGUGUGGGUGGAUUGUUUCAUCUAGUAAUUUCUACAGCUCUCUACAAGAGCAGAUUCUGUGUUUAUUGUCUGCAAUAAAUGUUUUAUGUUUAACGAA